CUCGAGUGGGGCGAGGUGCUCGUCAACGUGCGCGUCGCGCCGAUUAAUCCCGCCGAUAUCGACGCCAAGACGCUCGCUUCGCGCGCGAAAUUCCCUUUCGUCGCUGGAUCCGAUGGUGUCGCCACCGUGGUGAAAGUCGGCGCGGGCGUGAAAUCUCUCAACGAAGGCGAUUGGGUGCUGCCGUACAAAGCCGAGAUGGGCACGUGGCGCUCGCUCGCGGUGUGGAAGGAGAAGGACCUAAUCAAGCUUCCUUCGGACAUUUUACCCAUGGAAUACGCGGCGAUGAUGCGUGAAAUGUGCGUCGCGUACCGUUUACUGGAAGACUUCGGAAGCUUGAAACCGGGAGACGCCGUGGUGCUCAACGCCGCGACGUCCACCGUCGGUCAGUGCGUCGUGCAACUGUGCGCCAUGCUCAAGCUUCGCGCCGUCGCCGUCGUGCGCUCGCGGAAAGAUUUCGACAAGACGGCGGCGUGGUUGAAAUCACUCGGCGCUUCGGAGGUGUUGAAAGAUGAAGGCUCGAUCGCGACCGAGCUCACGUCGCGAAACUUGUUCGCCAAGCCGAGACUGGCGCUCGACGCCGUCGGCGGCGCCUCGGCGGUGCGUCUCGCCGAAUCCCUCCAACCCGGUUGUCCGCUCAUCGUCUACGGCAACAUGAGCGGUCGCGCGGCGACGUUCCCAUGGCACGCCUGGACGCAAUCCGCACUCAUCGUUCGCGGGUUCUCGUUGCGCCAAUGG